AUGCGUCUUUCAGGCCUUUCGUUCUUACUCUACUCUCUAUCCCUCGUGGCUGUCGCCAUGGGCCAAAGCAGAGCCGUCUCCGACGCCCUGAGCGACUUGACCGACUCUACCAGCUCUGCGACUUCUGUUUCCACAACGGACAGUCAGUCCUCGACCACCACGUCGACUAUUACUAGCACAACGAGCACUGCGGAGCCGACAACUACCACUACCACGGCUGCUAGCACCACCAGCUCCAGCACGAGCAGCUCCUCCUCUUCUUCAGAAGAAGAAUCUACUACUUCUACUACCACCACCACUGUGCCCUCUACAACCUCAGAGUCGUCGACCACGACGACAUCGUCGCAUUCGACUGCUUCGGAACCCACCAGCACCUCCAGUACUAGCACCAAGUCCACCGCGACUGCAUUCGUCACGACCAUCACAAGCACCGAGAUUAUCAGUGGCACACCGGUCCCCACCACUUUUACCAGCACUCACACCGAUGCAAGCGCCACCGAGUCUCCUGGCCUGAGCGGCGCUGAUGGCUCCAGCGACUCUGGCCUGUCGGAUUCCCAGAAGAGAAUCAUUAUUGGUGUCGUGGUCGGCGUCGGUGGUGCUAUCUUGCUUGGUGCCAUCGGUGUGGUCGCGUGGAGACUUCAGGCCCGCAAGCGCAAUGCUCGUGAUAACGACGAUGUUGCCGAUCUCAUGAGUGGCACUGCUGUGGGUUCUGGUGCCCGAGAGAAGGCACCUAACCCCAGCGGUGGCACCCCCUUCAGGACCACUCUGGAUCAAUAUCACAACCCUGGGCCAGUCAAUGCUGCUUCGAACUUUUAA